GUCAAGUGCAAAGCUAGGCUAGCAAAUACUACUAGUACUUAGCAGGCAGGAGGUUUAGCAAUGGCAAACGCCAAGCUUGUAGUCGUGGGCAUGGCCAUCCUUGUAAUCCUGCUGCAGGUGUCGACGUGCGCCGUGGCCAGGCACCACGCCAAGCCGGACCCGUGCGCCAGCGAGGACGACUCCGUGCCGGGCAUGCUGCACAAGCACAAGCACAAGAAGCCCCACUGCACCUCGCCGGGCGGCACCGGUGGUGGCGGUGGCGGCGGCGGCGGCGGCACCGCAGGCGUGAUGACGGUGAACGGCUUCGAGAAGGGCCAGGAGGGCGGCCCGCCGUCGGAGUGCGACGGCAAGUUUCACAGCAACAAGGACAUGAUCGUGGCGCUGUCGACGAGGUGGUACGCGGGCGGACGCCGGUGCGGCAAGAUGAUCAACAUCACCAGCAAGCACAACGGGCGCACCGUGCAGGCCAAGGUGGUGGACGAGUGCGACUCCAACCACGGCUGCAAGACCAACAUCGUGGACACCUCCGAAGCCGUGUGGAAGGCCCUCGGGCUCGACAGCAACAUCGGCGAGGUGCCCGUCACAUGGUCCGACGCCUGAAAACAUAUUCGCCGGCCAUGGAUUCCAGGUUGCUCGAAGCCAGUCACGUAGGUGUGCGUGGGAAAGUUGUCUAGCUGUUUCCUGGCCCUGGGUACGUACGUAUGUAUACGUUUGAAGUGUGAGUGUCGUUGUCAAUCUCGAUGGGUAGGUAGCUUGUCGAGUAGUACUAGUUACUUCGUAUAAUAACAGAAUAAAACUGCCUCUGUGGAUGGUAGUGCGGGUUUAUCUUGUACUCCUACUAAGAUCCACGCGUGUGUACGUGUCGGUGUGAGUCUCGGUUUACUAUCGAUGUUUCCUAUUGUGGAAUAUAUAUCAUAAUCAUAUACUCCGUAUGUUGUAACA